UUGGAUUUCGAGAGUAAACAUUAAUUGACAAGAGAUAUAUAAUUGUACUAAGGAGAAGUACCACAAACAACUUGAUUUCGUAAAACUCAUUAACCCCCUCCCCCCACAACAAUUCUUAGGAUAAUAAACUUAACUAUGGAUAGUGAUAGGGAGAGCGAGAGACUGUUUUCCCUACGGUUGUCUCGGGUGAUAGGGGAUAUCGGGGUCAGCAGAUGGAUGAUUGCCAGGAGGAGGAGAACACAUCUCAUGAUGGAGACUAUCGAAAAUGUUGGUCACUGGUUCAGUGAUGUGAAUGUAACUUAAUACAUUUUUGGCAGUCAGAGUGAGGCCACAACAACAACUGGGAUGGAAUCUGAUACUGACCACUUCGAGUGUAUGAGAAUGAUGAGGUGAUCCUUCACUGGAGUAACUGGCAAUAUAGGAAGGCAAAUCUUCUGGUGUUAAAGGAUGAGCUCAUUCCUCCUCAACACUGCUACUUGCAGAGACUGAGAAGUGACUGCCCACUAGCAGCAGUACAAACAGAGAGUCCUGAUGAUGUGCUAGAUGGGGAGGGGAGAGUUAUACUGAGUAAUACAUUCCUGGAAGUACAGGACAUUGUGCAGCGCUUUAGUGAGUCAGGUGAAAUAAUUCGACAUGGCCCAUCAAUGUCACAUGAUGAAAUGUUUGACAAUGUCCGCGCACACCAUUGUGGCCAGCUACCCCAGGAAUGCCAGUUUAUGUUCCACAGACCACGCCCUGGGCACUGGCCAAGACCUGACACACUAGCCAGGGCCAGGGAUGUUGGAGUCUUCCUAGUGUCACAGGGAUAUACUGAGAGCCCAACUAAGCAUCCUAUGUGUAGGUCUAAAGCAUUAAUGGUUCCUUCAAAGUUACCCAGUUACCCUUAUUCAAAAUGGCAGUGGAGAUUUUCAACUACAUUGAUGGAACGAUUUCUUAUGUUCGACUUAAGCCCUGUUCAUGUGAAAACAUAUACACUCACCAAAAUAAUAAGAAAAACUAUAUUCAAGCCUUUGUACGGAGACAGAUUUAGCACUUUUCAUAUUAAAACUGCAAUGAUGUUUACAAUAGAAAACUAUCCAGCUGAGAUAUGGAGGGAAGACAAUAUUGUGAAAUGUCUCUGGCGUUAAUCUGUUUGUGGGAAAGUUGAACUUUUGGGAGCUUCCAAAACUGUGCAGCAUGAUUUCACAUCUCGUCAACACAAAACUGCAGAGUAUGUCAGAUACCCGAAGUGACCUAGAACAGGAUGUAGUUUCUCGGCUGACCCCAUUCCUAUGCAGCACCCUUGCCUCCAUCCUUGUUUCAAGGUGCAUCGACUUGGGUCAAACAAUCACAAAGGAUAUCUUCAACUGGUACCAGCUUUCACUGGAUUCAGACCGUAUGUCAAGUAUGUUGAAGUUUGCCUCCAUGUUGUACUGCAGAGGGCACUAUGAGAGAGCUGCAGAAGUACUGAGUUACUGUGAAGGGCUGCUGGAAAAACUAGAAGUGUGCCAGUGCUGUGGACAUUAUGAAAGGGCCGGCCAAGAACCAAGCACCGAGUUUGAGAACAAGUUGAUCACCACCUCAAAUACAGAAAUGCUGAAGAAAUACAUAAUGAUUUGUAUAACCUUCACAAGAGAAGAAAUAAACUGUUUUCCCCAACAUCUUGCAUUUGAAAUGCUCAGGGGUAUAGAAGGUGAAGACAAACUAGGUACAGCGAAGUGGAAGUACAAUGUAGUCACUGACUGUAUCCCAUUCCUGUACUACUUACAGCAUCUCAACUCCAGGGAACUACACCAACCCCGGAUAGCACAAAUAGCCCUUCAUAACCUACACGAGUACACAAUGGACACAAUGGAGACAGAACAUGGCCAUAUUGACACAGCCUUCAACAUGCUGGGUCACUGUUAUGAACUUCAGACCAGGCAGGACUUAGCUUGGAUGUGCUACAACAACUCAAUGGAAAUCUAUGACAGAUGUAAUGCGUCAAUCUGGCACGCAGCCAGGCUACUUUAUCAGUUUUUACAACGCUGAUAGCCACAUUGACACCGCCUUGAACAUGGUUGACCAAUGAUAUGAACUUCAGAUCAGACGGGACCUGGCUUGGAUGUGCUACAACAAACCAUUUUGAUUUCAUGACAGAGACAAUGUCUCCAUGUGGCAUGCAAUUAUGAUACUACAUCAGUUUUUAUGUUAGAACCCGAGUCUUCUAUUUUCAAAUUUUAUUUCUCAUUUUCCUUUUUACCACAAAUAUAUGUACAUGUAAAUCUUAGCUUGAAUAUAUGUGUUUUAUAUAUGUUAGAAACCAGAAUAAAUAGGGAAAGAUACAAAACUUU